UCUGUCUAUUCGUGCAUGCUUCGAAUAGUACGUUUUUUUGAGGGUUCUGCUACCACCGGACAUCUGUCAACCAUAACAUUAUCAUGUCUAUUCUUUUUUGGGCUUUCUUUCUCUGUUUCUUUUCUGUUCGGAUUGCCACCAAAUCCGCCGAAGAAGAUCUUCAAGUAGAAAAUCUUCAUCCAGUUAUUCCUUGUGACUUAUUGCCUUCAACGACGUGGAGAAAUCACGAUGGUAGUCUAUGGGGUAUCGGAGCAAAUAGUAUUAUGUGGUAUAAUAUAACAAGCCAAUCGUGGAAUUCUCACCUUUUACCAAAUGCAACAACUUUGAAUAAUUUAAAAAUAGUAUGUGUGAUCAUCGAUAGCUACGUUAUACUUCAAGAGGAAAGUACUGUUUUUAUUUAUCGAGUAUAUGAAAAACAAUGGCUAGAAGUACCUAUUUCCCUUCAUUAUACUGUUGUCUGUCAUAACGACACUUUACUUUUAGUUGAUUUCGAAACAGAUGAAAUAUUCGAAGUGAAUCUUUUCAACGGAUUUCAAGAAAAAAUAUCACAAUUAGAGGUCUCUACUCAUCAUCACAUGAAUCAAACACAGAUUUCCAAUAUUGUUUGGUGGACAGAUGCAGAUAAACAAACCUAUAUAUUAUGUGAAACGUCGAUAUGGAAAACGAAUGGCACGGUUUGGUAUUUGCUUUUCGAACAUUCUGAUCCUUGGCCUUCCCUUCAUUCUCAAUCCGUAGCUUGGACACAAAAUAAUCAGCUUUGGAUAUGGACAUACGAAGAUUUUUACGAUAAUCUUUGGAUUUUUAACAUUAAUUCGAAACAGUGGCAUCAAAUUGAAAUUCAACCUCGAACAAAUUCGGUUUCUCCUUUCAUUACUUGGAUAGAGAAAGGUCAACUAUGUGCACUAAUUUCAGAAGGGGAAUGUAAGAAGUCUUAUCAAUCCACCACAACUUGGUGUCUUCAACCAAAACAAGAAAGAAACCAUACAAGCGAAAUUAAUUCUACGAAAGAAAAUUUAACGAUUAUAUCCGAUUUUACAGAGUCUCAUUCAAUUAUACAAGUGUCUUGGUAUCCUAAAUUUUAUCCUACUUAUACUAAUAUUUCAGAUGGCACCAAACGAAGUGAUAUUUCUAAUUCUGCUUGGCAUCAAGAACAUUCUACUGUAUUCGGUUCUGUUAUUUUCUUUGGCACAUCCCUUACGAUUUUCGGGAUAGUAGGUAUAGUCUGGUGCAUUCGUACUUGUGUGCACUUUCCGAAAGAAGCGUUACUUUUAAAAGACCCUCCUUCUAUUAGAUAUACUGCGAUACCCGAUACAGUGGCCUAAUUAACAGUAGGGAACAUUUCAAACAUCCGAUUAAAUAGACAAUUUCUACUAGUGCUGGCAAAAACUGGAAAUUCUCGAAAUCGGUUAACCUUUUUGAAUUCAGUAAUGUUUUAUUAUUGCAUUUUAUUAAUAUCAUUAAUAAUUAUUAAUUUUAAUUAAAGAAUAUGUAAAGUAUUAUAGUAAAUAUUAACCAUGAUUCACAAAUAUGCCAAAAAAGAGGUCGGUGUUUCUUCGAUGUUAGCAAAUUCUAGAGUUGAAUUACAGUAUUUAACAAAUAGCAUUUGAAAAGUUUAACGUUUAAAAAUUAAUUCACGCUACUUUUUACGUUACUUUUAAUUUUCAAAUUUAAACGCGAAGGAUACUUGUGUUGUUUUAAAAAUAUCCUGGAUUGGUGCAGUGUACAGUACAAGUUGUAAUGUUACGCUGAGGUUUUCUAAUAGUGCAUCAUUUAUGAGGAAUCAUCUUAAAUCCAAGCAUACUUUACUCCCAACUAAAAGUAAAAAAUAAAUAAACACGUAAACACAAUGAUAUUAAUUUUUAAUGCCUAUUCAAACCAUUUUUCGGUUUACCGAAAACCGGUUUUAUUGCCAGCACUAAUUUCUAACUUGCGAUUUCCUAGGAAACUUUUUUGAAACAUUCUUUCCAUACAUAUCAUGUUGAUAAAAAUUCCUUCUAUUUAAAUCGAAAACUUUAUAUAAUGUUAUAUAGGUUUUUAGUAGAUUAUACCAAAAUUAUAAAUUCUUAAACAUAUAAAUAUUUAUAUUUCAUAAAACAGAAAUUUUGAAAGCCGUCGUCUUUCAUAUUUUCAAAGUAACUUUUUCGACAUAAUUUUAAUAAAAUGGCUAUCGACUGUGAUUUUAAAACUUCUGAUAUCCAUUUUCUAUACUAAAAAUUAUAUAAAACAUUGGGAAAUUCGGUAAAAAUCUUUAAAAAUUUGAGAAAAUAUUUUUAAAAAAUUGAUCAGAUUCCAACGUUUUUAAACAAUUCAAUAUAAAAAUUUAUAUUCCGAUAUCUCUAUCUACACAUAAAACUAGUUUAUUUUAUAUUGUUAUGAAAUAUCUUAAAUUCAUUUCUAUUCGAAUUACAAUAGAAAUUUAUUUAUCCUUCCGACUGCCACUUAAAAUACAUAUCAAGUUGAAAGUAUAUUUUUUCUUGGGAAAGCAGUAUUAAUGUAUCUUAAGAAGUCAUUUUUGUGCCAAAUACUAGUCAAUCAUAAUUUAUGUGGGGCCCUUUCAGAAAAAACUUUGUAAUUCUCGAGUGCCCAAAACUUUUAUCUACUUUCUAUAUAUAAUAUUGGAUAUGAUUAUAGAUAAUAACUUAUUAAAAACUCAU